GGGGGAAUGACAGCCCCCGUUUGUAGUGAUAGCAACGAGCCAUAUAAUCAGGCUGUAUUAUAUUAUAUGUCACCGUUGUGCGGGGAACGAUGGAGGUCGCCCUUAAAAGGGGUUGAUUCCGGGAAGGGAAGCGCGGUCGACGGGGCUGCGAUGUGUAUAUAGAUGGUCAGGAAGCAAGCAGCCAUGAGCAAACCCACAGAAAGCAAGGUCGAAAGCCUCGACAUGAAGACAGCAAUAUCCGAAAAGGAACAUGUGAAGGCCACUGGUCCCAGAAACGGUCAGGGGACCGUCUGCCUUGGUCCAACCUUCACCACGGAGGAUGCAAACCACGUAUACCGCAAGCUCGAUUGGAAUCUGAUGCCUCUGAUCUUUGUUUCUUAUAGUCUCUCAGUUCUGGAUCGGUCGAACCUGGGCAAUGCCAAGAUCGCAGGCAUGGAGGACGAUAUCGACUUGAGCGGGAGGCGGUAUGAUUGGCUCGCGACAGCUUUCUAUAUAGCCUAUAUUCUGUCUCAGUGGACCACAAUCGGCUGGAAAGCGUUCGCACCACAUCGAUGGGCGGCUAUCACCGUUUUCCUAUGGGGGUUCAUCUCGACUAUCCAGUCAGCAUGUACAAACUGGGCCGGCCUGAUGACUUGCUGCGUUCUUUUGGGAAUAAUUGAGGCCAUGUAUGGACCCGGGGUCCCCUUGUACCUCUCAUACUUUUAUCCGCGCGAGAAACUUGGUCUCCGGAUCGGCAUUUCUUAUCAGGCGCUGCGCGUGCCAUCAUGCCUGCUAUCCAUAGUGGCUUGGUUUUGCCUGCCUGAUUCACCCAGGACAGCAAGAUUUCUCAGCGAGCGGGAGCAAGACAUUGCUGUUGCACUCUCUCUCAGGCAAUCCGGCGAUCGAGAAACCCACAGCCUCCAGCUGAAGCAGGUGUUGGAGUCUCUGUUUGAUUAUACGAGUUACCCUCCAGCAUCGAUGUACUUUGGAUGCAAUGUCUGCUUUGCCUCUCUUCCUUUAUUCGUACCGACAAUAAUUUCGCAAAUGGGCGCUUUUACGACCAUCCAAUCGAACGGCCUCAGCGCCCCGCCUUAUAUUUUGUCCUGGCUUGCCAUUGUCGCUUGCGCAUUUCUGCCGGAUCGUGUCAACCUGCGCGGGCCCUUCAUCGUAUGUGGUGCCCUCAUAGCUGCUGUCGGGUACAUUGUUCUAGCUACGCAAACCACUGUGGCGGCCAGGUAUUUUGGACUCUUCCUAGCGACCCAGGUCUUUGUGUCCGUAGCUCUUAUUCUCACUUGGGUGGGUAACACGCAUGCCACGGACUCCAAACGCGCAGGUGCCUUCGCCAUCUUAGCCACUGGUGGACAAUGUGGACCGAUCCUAGGGACAAAUAUCUUCCCUGACAGCGACAAACCUUAUUAUCGCAAGGGAAUGUGGAUCUCGUGCGGUGCGUGCCUGGUAGUGGUCAUCAUGGGAUGCUGUCAGAUGGUUCUGCUGUGGCGGGCGAAUCGUCGUCUGGACAGGGAGUCGCAGCGGACUGGGGGCGAUCUGAAUGUGAAUCAGUCAGACAUGGAGUAUGGAACUGACAAGCAGUUCCGGUAUAUCCUAUGA